CCUGGGUGAAAGUUUGCUGCAGACUCAAGUCUUAGUCUAAUUUGAAACCAAACAUGGCUGGAAGGCUUCCAGCGGUUGUCAUAGAUAAUGGCACGGGCUACACAAAGAUGGGAUUUGCUGGUAACACAGAACCCCAAUGGAUCAUUCCAUCAGCUAUAGGUGUUAAAGAGUCGGCUACGGUUGGUGACCGAUCGAUACAGAGGCUCGGCAAGGGGGUAGAGGAUCUGGACUUUUACAUUGGUGAUGAAGCUCUCAGCACUCCUUCUUACUCUGUGAAGUGGCCGAUUCGACAUGGCGUGGUAGAGGACUGGGAUCUUAUGGAAAGAUUCAUGGAACAGGCAAUCUUCAAAUAUUUACGAUCAGAACCAGAAGAUCAUUUUUUCCUCCUUACGGAACCCCCACUCAACACUCCAGAGAACAGAGAAUACACAGCAGAAAUUAUGUUCGAGUCUUUCAAUGUACCAGGUUUAUAUAUCGCUGUACAGGCUGUGUUAGCGCUAGCUGCGUCUUGGACGUCUCGACAAGUAGGGGAGAGAACUUUAACAGGAACUGUGAUUGAUUCAGGAGAUGGUGUUACACAUGUUAUACCUGUGGCCGAAGGCUAUGUUAUUGGUAGCUGCAUCAAACACAUCCCGAUAGCUGGGCGGGACAUCACAUACUUUAUACAACAACUGCUGAGAGAGAGAGAAGUAGGAAUACCACCAGAACAGUCCUUAGAAACAGCAAAAGCAAUAAAGGAGAAAUAUUCUUAUGUUUGUCCAGAUAUUGCUAAAGAGUUUGCAAAAUACGACAAAGACCCCAGCAAAUGGAUGAAAAGGCAUGAAAGUAUCAACAGCAUCACAAAGCAGAUAUUUGGGGUGGACGUUGGCUAUGAAAGAUUCCUCGGACCAGAAAUCUUCUUCCAUCCAGAGUUUUCCAAUCCAGAUUUCAUCACACCUAUCUCAGAGGUGGUCGACACUGUGAUCCAGCACUGCCCUAUAGAUGUUAGGAGGGGUUUGUAUAAGAAUAUCGUUCUUUCUGGAGGCUCAACUAUGUUCAAAGACUUCGGUAAAAAGUUACAACGAGAUGUAAAGCGUGUCGUGGACCACAGAUUAAAGAUUAGUGAGGAACUUAGUGGAGGGCGAAUAAAGCCCAAACCAAUCAAUGUACAAGUAGUGACUCACCAUAUGCAGAGAUAUGCAGUAUGGUUCGGUGGAAGUAUGCUAGCCUCAACUCCUGAAUUUUACCAAGUGUGCCACACAAAAGCCGACUAUGACGAACACGGCCCAAGCAUAUGCAGACACAACCCUGUAUUUGGGACAAUGUCCUAACCGUAUCUGCCUCCUAGGAACAAAUUGAACUCAUAGACUACAACAAUUUGUACACAGACCAGAACCAAGGAGUUGGUGGGGAAUCAUGAGAGACAUCCGACUGCCAAUUUGACUACUGCUGCUGCGAGUUGAUAUUAAUGCAGAAACCAUUGAAAGGCAUUCUCAUGCUUGUCAGUGAUAAGGACUUAAACAUUCUGUUAUAAAAUAUUUAAAAAAAAAAAAAGAAAAGAGGAAUCGGUCUUGGCUUAAUAGUUGAAGCAGAUAUUUGAAUGGUUCCCAGACAAAUGUAAUGUCAGAUAUUUGCAAUUAUUUGAUGGUAUUUUUUUAUUCUAGGAACAUAAAAAUGUGAGUAAAUUUAAAGCAUAUGUUUCGGUACAGGUAGAGUGUUGAAAACAACCAGUAGCCAAUUCUUGGUUUCUGAUGUUCUGCUCUAGCCCUAUAAGUUGUAAUUUUGCUCACAGGCAAGAAUCAAAGACAUGAUUGUAUGCUAUUUAUAGAUCGCAUUAUGAUUAAUACACAUGAGUUUUAUUGAAGACAGUAAUAUAUUAUCGAUGUAAAUGUUCAAGACUUGUGAGCAUUACCGUAAAGGGGAUAUUUCACUCAGAAUCUGACUGAAAUAUCUCGUAGGAAGUUUUAUCAGGUCAAAACUAUCAUGACUAAUCUGUGAUUAAAUUUGGUGCAUUACUUUUUCAUUACUUAAUGUCAGUUAUACAUGAAUAGUAAACAUGACAGUUACUUACCUCCAUGUUUAAAUUGAUGCAGAUGUUCAGUAAAAAAAUAAAUAACAGCAUUUUUUUUUUUUACUUUUACAAUUCCAAAUUUUACUAAAUAUUGUUUAUUUAAUUAGUACACCUUAUGUAAUCAGUUAAUGGGUAACAUCAUGGACAAAUUAAGUGACUUUAAUAACACUAACAAAACUGAAAUGGGAAGUUUUUCUUGAGUCAUGUGAUGCUGUUAACUAUGAUUUAAUACACCAAUUGCCAAAAAUGAUAAAAAAAAUCUAGUUUUGCAUUUAUAUUAGUGAUAGAAUCACAUUUUUUUUUUAUAUAUACAUAAUUUUUUUUUUUUAGAAAGUAGUGCAAAAAUGAAAUUUUUCGAUGGAUAAUGAUAGCGAAAAUUUCCUUUAGUAAUACUUAUUUCAGCUUGAAAAUGAUGAGUUUUUUAAGUUGAUUCAUGGAGUGUUUAAAAAUUCAGUUGGUAUUGAAAUGCACAACAAUUUUCAACUUGGCAGUAGAAUUUAUGUUUGCUCUGAAUAUCUUUCUCUGAUGAUGCAUGUAGCUUUCUCCAAACAGAUGCAGUAGCCUUUUUUUAAAAUUACGUCGGUAAAUAAGGUUAUCAUGCACAAGAAGUUUCGUGUUCAUAAAAAUGUUGCUGGUAAAAUAUUGUCAGUUUUUUUACCGUUGACACUGAAAAAUCUGAUGUAUCUUUUCAGCACUUCAAAUUUUAUGUGGGGCAAUUUUCUGGAUGCUGGAAACAUGAGAUUUAAUAAUUUUGUGCUGUUGGUAAAGAUAUUGGUUUGAAGCCAUUUUGAUAUUAUCAAAGUACAGUAAUGGUCGGAAAGUAUUGUAUAAAAAAAAUUCCCAAAUUACGACAUUCCAAGUAUAUGUGCCAUUGGGAAUUGAUUUAGUGCUGUUCAUACAUUGGCCAUCAGUUCUUUGGAAAAUCAUUAGUGAUAUUUGAUAUGACCGGAGGUUGCCUGUCUGUUAUUAUGUCAUGUGGAAAAUUCAGCAGAGACACGUUUGAAUAGUGGAGUAUGACCGUAUCUGAUGGGCUGGUUCCUAUUUCAGUUCAAACUUCAAAACUUCUGACAAAUUAAUUUACCCAUCAUAAAGGAACAUAAAAUGUAGACAUAUUUAAAAAAGUUGCUUUUUUCUUUUGUAAAUUUGUUCCUCUGCUAUCGGGUAGUCUGGAAUUGGCUAGAGAUUUAUGAAGUAUGUUCCCUUUUAUAUCAGGUAGCGUUGAUUUGUUUAUUAAUAUUAUUCCAUACAGUCUGGUGAGGAAGACGGUUAAAAGAGGACAUAUCUGCACCAUAUAACACCACUAGGCCCCUAUCUUACAGAUUAUGUUAUUUUUAUUUCAUAUCAUAUUUAUGUUAAGUAUAUAUUUUUUUAUCUUCCAACAUCAGUGUAAUAGUAUAAUUAUGCUGUUAAAUAUGCUGUUAAAAUGCAGAAACUAUUACACCCGACUAUAACCUCAGUAGUAUGAUCUUUUAUGAUUAUGACAUUGCGAGAUGAUAAUGUCUGCUUGAUACUUGGAAUGAAAAAGAAUAUUUUUGUUUUAAAAUCCUAGUGAAUGUUUUUUUUUUUUUUUUUUUUUAUGAAAUUGAUAGAAUCUUCCCUAUCCUUGGCCCUUGACAUAGAGAGAAAUAAACUCCUGGGGAAAGGUGAUUACACACGAGACUUGCAGAGUAUUAGUAACAUAAUAAUCUUUACCCAAGGGUUGAGAUUGACGAUUCCUGUGUAGAAAUUGUCAUUCUAGGAGCCACACAUAAGUUUUGUUUGAAGCAGCUUCCCCACACUUGAAUGUGUCGCCUUGCUCAUAGAAUAAAAAUUUCAGGAACAGCUUAACGUUUAUAACAAGUUUAAGACAUGAAAAAGUGUGUUAUUGGGUAUAUCUUCUGCUUAAUAGGAUUUUAUUUAGCAUUUUCAGACAGGUAGGAAGGGCUUGAAAAAGAUGUUAUAAAAUCUUUGUUGCAAUAUCAAAAAACCAUAGCGAGAGAUAAAAGAUAUGAUGGUCUUUACUUGUAAAUUAAACAACCUUACUAUGAUAAUAAUCAUACAUAGUACUUGUAUCAAGCUUGAUGUAUACUGUAUACAUGUGUUUCAUUAUUUGUUGACUAUCAUUUUUGGUAUGUUGUGAAAAAAUUACUUGAAAUAUCAUACAUACAUGUUACCUUUUGUUCCUCAGAAUGGAAAUUUUUUUGCAGUAUAAAAUCUGUCACAUUCAAAAACGGUGAAUUUGAAAUCUGUUUUUAUUAUAAAAGUUGAUUUAGAGAAGUAAUUCAGUGUUUUGAAAGUGCAUUUGAAUAAUGUUGUAAAACAUAGAGAAGUCGAAAUGGAAUGAGAUGAUAGCUGUAUCGUAGGUAUUUCAAAUGAAACUUGACACCAGUGUACUUUUUACAUUAUUUUCAAGGUAUUGUUAUUCUGCUGCAGGUAAUUUUCUUUAGUUUAAUGCAUAACAAAAGAAUUUUCAUAAAUACAAAUAAUUAAGAUAUUUUACUCUCUUCCUAUAACUUGUUUGCUAUUAUUAUUUUUUUUUCGUACCGUCACAUGAAUCUGGUCAAAGGAUUGCUUACAAGACAUUUUCAAAUUGAUCAAAUUUAUUUCUAAAAUAAUUCAUAGAAAAUAAAAUUAAUGUGUACAGUGUAGUUUAUAUCAUAUAUUGACUUGAAAAGCAGUUUACAUGGGGUAUUAUACAUGUAUCAUAUACCUACAGUUUGCUAAACUUAAACAUAGUGAAAUAGCAAACUUUUAACACAGAUUUUCCAGAUUAUGGGAAAACCAGCUAAUACUAACACCGUGUUAAAAAAGGAUAUAGGAGAGAAAAAAGAUGGAAGGUUUGUUCUUCAACUAGAAGAUUGUAAGUAUAAUGUACAAACGUGGUAACAUUUGAUACAAAAUGAUAUGUAAAUAUUAAAACAUAAAAUAAUAAA